AUGGGUCAGGGAGGAAGUGAUGGGCCAUCGAAUAAGAGAUUACGCGGCCAGAAAAAGAAGAAGGUUAAAGAAGAGCCCCUUCCAGAUUUCGAUACGAGCGAACAGUCUGUCGAUGGUGAAAGCAAACCUCUAUUCGACACCCUUACUUUCGACCAUGGACACAUUGACGACAUACCGAAUGAAGAUCCUAGCUUGCGCACCCCAACGUUCAUGGACAUCGUCACGGCCGCGCCCUUUUCAAUGUCCAACGAUAUCGAUAUGGCCUCCGAUAGCUGGCUGCAUGAGUUCAUGUCGAAUCCCUUCACCGACCCCACUCAAAGUUGCUCUUUUGUCGACCCGUUCGACAACGAUAUUGGGGUUGACGACACAACAACAAGAACAUCGACGGAUCAGGAUAGUCUGCCAGUUCAAUCGGAAGGGCUUUCAGACUCAACGCCAGAAGCACUCGAUUUAUCAUCGUCUUCAAGCUACUACCCCGCGCUCAAUGACUGCUUAUCUCACAACGAGUCUGUAUCCAGUGCUUCUCAAAGCCGCCUUCAAGGAAAUUCUGUUUACCCUGAAAGUCUUAAGCACGAGGCGUUUCUCUGGUCACAAUCACUUCCCUCUCUAAGUGGGCCGGAGCCAUCAAGUUUCUUUCCUCAGGCCAACCCUUCAAAACGAACACAAGACUACAGUUUCUCGGGUGAAGAACUGGUGACAAAUGUCGGUAGCAUUUCGAGCAUCUGCCCGUGUCAAAGUCACGAUCAUACCGUGCGGGACCUGAUCCGGGUAAACGCCUGUGCUUUGCAGACUGGCCCCACGGUUGCUAUCGACUCGAUCCUAACAUGCCAAAGGGUACUGCAGCAGUUGACUGAAACGAUACUUCAAUGCCGAGGCUGCUCUCAAACAAGGAUGAAUUUCCUCAUGGUGAUAAUGUUCAGUAUCGAUAACCUGCUUGUCACACUGGACGCAAUCACGUCAGCCGAGAACGACGUGGUAGAAAGAUUAUUUCCCGAGUACUUCGGAACGGUAGCUCAGGGAUACAGGGCUGACGCUGGGAUCACAAACCACAACCGAAGAUUCAACUUGGGCAGUGUGCCGCUCAGGGCACAGCUCGAUGCCUGUCCAUUGAUAAUUGGUGGUUUCUGUGUGCCGUCUGAGGAGAAGUUCGCAUUCGUGAAGCGAAUUUUGCAUCGUCGCCUGGCAUGUUUGCAACGGACGGUCCAUCGGAUCCAAGUCUACACGCAGGAAUACCUGGCACCGUCGGCAGGUAAAGUGACGAUGAUGAAAGAAAUCUAUCAAAGGCUGCGGUUGAUUAUGGUGAAACUGAAUAAGUUAACGAGGCCGUGA